AUGACGGCAUCCAGUCCCAGUAUUCCCGAUCCACCAGUCUGGUUCAUAACCGGCUGCUCCUCUGGCUUCGGUUUGGAGCUUGCCCUGAUCGCCCUGGGUGAAGGCCACAAAGUAAUAGCAACCUCGCGAAACCCGUCUAAAACACCCUCCUUGGUCUCGCAGGUCGGAUCCCUGGGCGGAAAAUGGUUGCCCCUUGACGUGUGCGCUCCAGAGGCGGAGCUCGCCCAAACGGUCGAAAAGGCUAUAGCUAUAUAUGGCCGCAUUGACAUUCUAGUGAAUUCUGCAGGUUAUGCUAUACUCGGCGCUCUUGAAACAAUUAGUGUUGAAGAAGUGCGCGCUCAAAUGGAAACUAAUUACUUCGGUCCCCUCACCCUAACGCGGCUCGUCCUCCCAACCAUGCGUGCCCGCCGCAGCGGUACCAUCGUACAAAUUAGUAGCACGGCAGGAAUCGAAGCCAAAGCAUCUCGGUCAGCGUACUGUGCGUCAAAAUGGGCCCUCGAAGCAAUGUCUGAGGCCCUAUACAAUGAACUUGAGCCGCUAGGUGUCAGAGUUCUGCUUGUUGAGCCCGGCGCAUUUAGGUCGGGGUUCGCCGGUGCGGUGAAUAUCCCGAAAGCUGCCUUGCCGAAGGAUUACGAAGGCACGAUUACGCAACAGGUCAUGGAUGCAGUGGUGAAGAUGGGGGUUGAUGAAAAGAGCAUUCCAGGAGAUGUGCACAAAGGGUGUAGGGCUAUUUUUGACGUGGUAAUGAAAAGUGGCCAGGCUGAGGGCACGGAGGAGUUUUUGAGAUUGCCUCUAGGAAAGGAUAGUGCAAAGAGAUGGAGGGUUAAGAUUGGGGAUUUGCAGAGGACUCUGGAAGGAACGGAGAAGUUGUGGAGUGUGACAGACGCUGAUGAUUGA